GUAUUAGUAAUGAGUGUAUAUAUACUGUCCUGAACUAGUAAUAUGAUAUAGUAUAUUUACUGUACUGUACUAGUAAUAUGAUAGUGUAUAUACUGUACUGUACUAGUAGUAUGAUAUAGUGUAUAUACUGUACUGUACUAGUAGUAUGAUAUAGUAUAUAUACUGUACUAGUAAUAUUAUAUAGCAUAUAUACUGUCCUGAGUGUGCGUUUGUCCAGGUCUGAAGGGUGUAUGUGUUUCCUGAACAAAGCAACAAGCAGCAUUGCCCCUGCUCUCCUGGCGUAGUCCCUGGGGACAUGAAGUACACUACUUUAGCCCAUAGCCUUAUGAGGCAGACCUAUGAAGCUCUGGCCAAAGUAGUGAACUAUGUAGGGAGUAGAUUUCCAUUUGAGAUCCAGUGUUAUGGCUUGUCCCGCCUCCAGGGAUCUGACUUGUUCUGCUGUUCUCUUUAAGCUUCUCUCUAGCCAGUGUUAAAUUUAUACUAGUUUUUUUUAUAGUGCGUUUUAAUUUAUAUUUGAUUAUUGUUAUGCUAUUUUACAUGCAGAAUUUGUAAUGAGAGAAAAUGAAUGUGAUAUUCUUCAUGAUUUUAGGUCUAUAUUUAAAUAGCUCAUAAGAAAUGUUCUCUCAUUUUAACCCUCUAGAUCCAAGAGCUGCUGUUCAUCUCAAUGUAUUUAUCUGACCCUAACUACCCCGUAUAGACUGUCCUCUGACCGUAUUUAUCUGACCCUAACUACCCCGUAUAGACUGUCCUCUGACCGUAUUUAUCUGACCCUAACUACCCCGUAUAGACUGUCCUCUGACCGUAUUUAUCUGACCCUAACUAACCCGUAUAGACUGUCCUCUGACCGUAUUUAUCUGACCCUAACUACCCCGUAUAGACUGUCCUCUGACCGUAUUUAUCUGACCCUAACUACCCCGUAUAGACUGUCCUCUGACCCUAACUACCCCGUAUAGACUGUCCUCUGACCGUAUUUAUCUGACCCUAACUACCCCGUAUAGACUGUCCUCUGACCGUAUUUAUCUGACCCUAACUACCCGUAUAGACUGUCCUCUGACCGUAUUUAUCUGACCCUAACUACCCCGUAUAGACUGUCCUCUGACCGUAUUUAUCUGACCCUAACUACCCCGUAUAGACUGUCCUCUGGCCGUAUUUAUCUGACCCUAACUACCCCGUAUAGACUGUCCUCUGACCGUAUUUAUCUGACCCUAACUAACCCGUAUAGACUGUCCUCUGACCGUAUUUAUCUGACCCUAACUACCCCGUAUAGACUGUCCUCUGACCGUAUUUAUCUGACCCUAACUACCCCGUAUAGACUGUCCUCUGACCGUAUUUAUCUGACCCUAACUACCCCGUAUAGACUGUCCUCUGACCGUAUUUAUCUGACCCUAACUACCCCGUAUAGACUGUCCUCUGACCGUAUUUAUCUGACCCUAACUACCCCUUAUAGACUGUCCUCUGACAAUAUUUAUCUGACCCUAACUACCCCGUAUAGACUGUCCUCUGACCCUAACUACCCCGUAUAGACUGUCCUCUGACCGUAUUUAUCUGACCCUAACUACCCCGUAUAGACUGUCCUCUGACCGUAUUUAUCUGACCCUAACUACCCCGUAUAGACUGUCCUCUGACCGUAUUUAUCUGACCCUAACUACCCCUUAUAGACUGUCCUCUGACCGUAUUUAUCUGACCCUAACUACCCCGUAUAGACUGUCCUCUGACCGUAUUUAUCUGACCCUAACUACCCCGUAUAGACUGUCCUCUGACCGUAUUUAUCUGACCCUAACUACCCCGUAUAGACUGUCCUCUGACCCUAACUACCCCGUAUAGACUGUCCUCUGACCGUAUUUAUCUGAAAUAGAACUGAGAAAUAGGUUGUGUUCAUACACCUUAAGAAUCCUGUCAUUUCAUGUCUGGGGAAUGACCUCUACGGCCCCCUAGCUCUGGUCCAUACUGUCACUACAGCCUCUACUACCCCCUAGCUCUGGUCCAUACUGUCACUACAUCAUCUACUACCCCCUAGCUCUGGUCCAUACUGUCACUACAUCAUCUACUACCCCCUAGCUCUGGUCCAUACUGUCACUACAGCCUCUACUACCCCCUAGCUCUGGUCCAUACUGUCACUACAGCCUCUACUACCCCCUAGCUCUGGUCCAUACUGUCACUACGUCCUGUACUGCCCCCUAGCUCUGGUCCAUACUGUCACUACAGCCUCUACUACCCCCUAGCUCUGGUCCAUACUGUCACUACGUCCUGUACUGCCCCCUAGCUCUGGUCCAUACUGUCACUACAGCCUCUUCUACCCCCUAGCUCUGGUCCUUACUGUCACUACAGCCUCUACUACCCCCUAGCUCUGGUCCAUACUGUCACUACAUCAUCUACUACCCCCUAGCUCUGGUCCAUACUGUCACUACAGCCUCUACUACCCCCUAGCUCUGGUCCAUACUGUCACUACAGCCUCUACUACCCCCUAGCUCUGGUCCAUACUGUCACUACAGCCUCUACUACCCCCUAGCUCUGGUCCAUACUGUCACUACAUCAUCUACUACCCCCUAGCUCUGGUCCAUACUGUCACUACAUCAUCUACUACCCCCUAGCUCUGGUCCAUACAUCCCUGCUACUCGGCGCAUGUAACAGAUCCUAUGAUGACAGUAUAAUGUAGCAUCAACCUUGGGACUUAGGAGCCAGUCCUGUAUCAUCUGGGUCAUCAACACUGAUGGAAACUUCAUGCCUGGUUUAACUGUUGUUUAAUAGGAUCUCUAUGGGUUUACCUUUCAAACAUGAUAGUUGUAAAGGUUCUGUUAAAUGUACCCAUCCGUUAAUAUUUACUCUUUUAACCAUACUUAUUAAUUGGUAUUAUCAAUAAAACUAAAAGCCAAAUGUCCAGAAUAUUGUGGUUUACUAUAUAAUUUCUGUAUUUCUGACCAUGACUGGCUUUUCGUUUUACACUGAUAGGGUUCUAGGUUGAUAGGUACUGCAGUUGACAUUGGUAAUGUUCUAUGUUAGGAUAGGUAAUGUAGUUGACAUUAAUAAUGUUCUAUGUUAGGAUAGGUAAUGUAGUUGAUAUUAAUAAUGUUCUAUGUUAGGAUAGGUAAUGUAGUUGACAUUAAUAAUGUUCUCGUUUGGGAUAGAUAAUCUAGUUGACACUGGUAAUGUUCAACAAUAUUUUUCCCCUUAGACUGCUUCUUUUUGUGACACCAUAAAAAGGUGAGCGUGACUGCCUCAUUGCCUUGGUAAUAAAAGUAUACGAUUCCCCGAGUAGUGUGAUGCUGACCAGUGAUGUGUAAGCAUAGUUGGUGAGCAGAGUCCACAGGAGGGGUCACUGGUUUCUGCUCCAGUCAGACAGAACAGGAGUAGUUUCAGACCAGACAGAGAAUUGAAAGGGUUUCUGACCAGACUGGUGUUGAGAGGUUGAUAAAGGAAGGGGCUGGUUCUAAACUCUGGGGGACAAGGGUUACAGACAAGAUGCCAUCAGGGCGGAUGAUCAAGCUGGUGGUGUACGAGGUGUUAGAGGUCUCUUGUCUCAGUGUUCCAAUGUUCGUGGUGAUGGAGAGGUUUGCUUCCCUGAUGCUCCAUGUCAGAGGAGAUCUGACUGCCUAUUGGCUGGUGGUAGCAGCUUCCAUGGCCUACGUUACCUCUGUAUCUCUGCUAGUCUGGGUUCCUCUCCGGUACCUUGUCCUCAAGCAGCGCACGGUCAUCACAGACAUCACGCAGUGGAGACCAACAACAUUGGCCUAUGUGAUUCUGUGCACGUUACCAUGCUUCUCUAUUCUGAUCGCCGGUUCCAAGGUGCAGGUGGAUAAGGGACCACAGUACAGACAGGACCACUUCUCUGAGCUGCCCGUCUCUCUGGUGCUCUUCGCUCUCAUCUGUGUGGAUAUCAUUGAGAAGAUCCGGCCGUGCUGCCUCACUGGGCAAGCAGACAGUGUGGAGAUGGAUCUGGACAUGCCGGGUCCUGUUCUGACCCACCUGGAACAGGUGAACAGUGUGUCAGGCCAACUGUACUAUGAGAGGGGACAGAACGGCUCGGCUACAGGGAGGUGGAGGGACCAGGAAGCAGUCGGCUCACGACCAGCCAGCGCGGCCUACCUGUACUCCUCCUUGUCACACUCCCACUCUGGCCCGCUCCGUGUCCUGUGGACCCAGGAUAUGAGGUCAGAGGUGUUUGUUCACAGCUUCCUGUUCUGGAUGGAUGUGGUGGAGCUGGUGCGCGUGGCAGGGAUUCCAGACGUGUUUUACUCUGGCUGGGUGUUUUCUGUCUACAUCCUGGCCUUUCUGUCCUGUCUCCGUUUGGCAGUGACACCUCACAGCGCUCUACUGCCAUCAGCUGGCUUCUUCCUGCAGGACCUGCCCUUCCUGAUCCUGCGCCUCGCUCUGAUCUCUGUCCAUGGCUACGUCACACCGCUGCUUUACCCGAUGAAGAACCUGUUGGUCUGCUUGACAUUCACCUACUUCAACUUCCUGACCAAGCUCCGCCUCUUCCGCAGAGAGAGCAUGUUCUAGUCUUGCACACCAGCCAGCUGAUGUCGAGACGUCUGGUUUCACAGCGCCUCAGAACUGGACUUGACUGGGAGUCUAUGGCAGGAGCAGAGCAAGUGAUUUAAACAACAAAGUGAGUUAGGAAAAUCUGAAAGUACGCAUCUUAGAAAUAGCUUUCACAUAUAAACUGAAUAUGCUCGAACUCAGAAUCAGUUGAGUUUCCCAAAAAUAAUAUGAUUAAUGUUAUCAAACAUUUAUUUUGAUUGCCGAUUUUCGCCAUUUCUCAAAUUCCCAUAAUACAGCUGUAGCCGGCUCGAUCCUUUCAAGUCUUUGUAGCACGGUGUUACCAGGCUCUAUGUGCCAACAAGGUUAAGCAUGUUCUAAAGAGAUGAUGUCAUCAGGAUUCACUGAACUGCUAUUGCUUUUAUACCAUAGUUGAGGAAGACAUCAUUAGGUUUAGCCCACGUCCCCUAGGGUUAGCCCACGUCCCCUAGGGUUAGCCCACGUCCCCUAGGGUUAGCCCACGUCCCCUAGGGUUAGCCCACGUCCCCUAGGGUUAGCCCACGUCCCCUAGGGUUAGCCCACGUCCCCUAGCCCACGUCCCCUAGGGUUAGCCCACGUCCCCUAGGGUUAGCCCACGUCCCCUAGGGUUAGCCCACGUCCCCUAGGGUUAGCCCACGUCCCCUAGGGUUAGCCCACGUCCCCUAGGGUAAGCCCACGUCCCCUAGGGUAAGCCCACGUCCCCUAGGGUAAGCCCACGUCCCCUAGGGUAAGCCCACGUCCCCUAGGGUUAGCCCACGCCCCCUAAGGUUAGCCCACGCCC